UUAAUAAUAAUAUUAUUGAAAAUUACGAUUGGUCAAGAAAAUUAUUGCCGAUUAUGUGAAGAUCAUGUGAUGUGUGAAUAUGGACCUAAAUGUCCUACGGUAAAUGAGUGCAGCGAAAUAAAACAAACGCCAUUAACUGAAGCAGAAAAACGAUUAAUAUUGAAACGUCAUAAUGAGCUACGUAGUAAAAUUGCUAGUGGUAAAGGUGAAUAUAAUUUACCAAGUGCAUCCAAUAUGCGUGAAUUGAAAUGGAAUAAUGAGUUAGCCAAAAUCGCACAAUGUUCAGCAAAUCAAUGUGAAUUUCAGCAUGAUACUUGUCGUAAAUUAUUAACCGGUGAUGAAUAUGGUCAAAAUGUUGGUGAAAGUGUUACGUACACAUCAAAAAAUAAAGAUUACCUAAGAGUAUCAGAUUUUGUGGAUAAUUGGUAUAAUGAAAUUGAUUUUAUAUCAAUCGAUUUAGUUUACUCGUUUUUUGAUUACCAUGACUCUUCAACUUAUUUACAUUUUACGCAAUUAAUAUGGGCGAAUACAAAUCAAGUUGGCUGUGGAAUUGUUCGAUUUUAUGAUGACGAAAGCGAUGAGAAUUGUCAAGUAAUGAAAGCAAUAUUGUUUUGUAAUUAUUGGAAAAUUGGUAAUGUAAAUAAUAAACCAAUUUAUAUGGUUGGUAAACCUGCUUCGAAUUGUAAAUAUGGCGUAUCUAAAAUUUAUCCAUAUUUAUGUCAAUAAAAUUUAAAUUAUCAAUAAACCUUAAAUCGAAGUCCGGUUAAUGGAGAAUCAAAGAUGUGGACAGAAUAUUUUAGCUUCCUCCUUCGGACCGAGAUAAAAUUGAUCGGCUUAUUCAAUUUUAAAGCAUUUUCAAAAUUUUGAAUAUUAGAUAUUUUAUAGGCUUCAAAAAAGCGCAAUAACCUUUGAAAAAGAUUUGUUUGAUAAAUACGAUAUUUGAUUUUACUUCGGGAACAGAUUUCAUGGUUCGAAUUUAAAGGUAAUGGGUUCAAACUCAAGAAGCUACAUUUUGUUUUUUAUGGUUAACGGUCGAUUAAUUGAUUCAACUAUCAAAUGAGUUUAUAUCGGUUAUCAAAGUCGGUAUAAUCUUCCGGAAAUUCCGAUCGUUUUUGAUCAUUUUUAUUAUAAAUUCUACUAUGCAUAUUUUAAAAUAAAAUAGCCAAUAUUAAUGACGAAUAAAA